GGAAGAGAAAGUCUACACGGUAUUUACGACCGGUCAUAAAACUGGCCCCCAGGAAAAGGGGUGUUCAAACCUUUGCUUUGCCGGCAUGUUUGAUCCUCAACCCAUGAGGGCAAGUCAUGACAACUGUAGAGACAAUGCAUGGUUGGCUGACAGUGUACUGUGUGUUUUCAGAGCCCUCCCAAGGGAGGGGAGGCAUCAGUGGAGGACUGUACAGUCUUACCAGCUCCUUCUGUGUCUGAACCCUCUUCAAAGGAUAACAUACCAGGGAAGGGUAAGACGUAAACACACACAACCCACAGCCCAGUGCUGAUCCCUGUGUAUAUUUCUAGUUAACAACUAGUGUCAUUAACUUGUUACGUGUGUGUGUGUGUGUGUGUGUUUAAUCACAGGUAACAACGUGACAGAGUCACUGGAGGAGUCUGCAGCAGCGUACACCAAAGCCACAGCCAAGAAGUGCAUCUUGGAGAAGGUAGACGUCAAAACUGGAGAAGAAUCAGAAAGUAACGUUUUGCAGGUCGGUGGCUGGUCUCUGUGGCUGACGAUAUACGAAUACAUCAGGGCCCAUAUUCACCUAGCGUCUCAGAGUAGGAUUGCUGAUGUAGGAUUAGUUUUAAAUAUUACUAUUGGAUGGGGGGGAUCCAUGUAAUAGUAAUAUUUAAAACUAAUCCUACAUCAGCAAUCCUACUGAUCCCCCCCCCCAAUAAGUAAUGUGUGUGUGUGUGUGUCUCCCCCCUCAGGUCCAGUGCAAGUUGUUUGUGUUUGACAAGACAGCCCAGUCGUGGAUAGAGCGGGGUCGAGGGCUGCUCAGGCUUAAUGACAUGGCAUCCGCAGAUGACGGAUCACUACAAUCACGUCUAGGUAGGUACACACUGGCCUGUAUACUCACCUGUACACAUUUUGACUGAUUGUUUGUCUCAGUAACUAAUAUACUGAAAAAAUAUAUAAACGCAACAUUCAACAAUUUCAAAGAUUUUGCUGAGUUACAGUUCAUAUAAGGAAAUCAGUCAAUUGAAAUAAAUAAAUUAGGCUCUAAUCAAUGGAUUUCACAUGACUGGGAAUACAGAUAUGCAUCUGUUGGUCACAUGUACCUUAAAAAAAGGUAGGGGCAUGGAUCAGAAAACCAGUCAGCAUCUCCUUCGCAUAGAGUUGAUGGCUGUUGAUUGUGGCCUGUGGAAUGUUGUCCCACUCCUCUUCAAUGGCUGUGCGAAGUUGCUGGAUAUUGGCGGGAACUGGAAUAAGCUGUCGUAAACAUCAAUCCAGAGCAUCCCAAACAUGCUCAAUGGGUGACGUCUGGUGAGUAUGCAGGCUAUGGACAUUUUCAGCUUCCAGGAAUUGUGUACAGAUCCUUGCGACAUGGGGCUGUAAAUUAUCAUGCUGGAACAUGAGAUGAUGGCUGCGGAUGAAUGGCACGGCAAUGGGCCUCAGGAUCUCGUCACGGUAUCUCUGUGCAUUUAAAUUGCCAUUGAUAAAAUGGUGUUCGUUCGUAGCUUAUGCCUGCCCAUACAAUAACCCCAACGCCACCAUGGGGCACUUUGUUUACAACGUUGACAUCAGCAAACCGCGCCCACACUACACCAUACACGUGGUCUGCGGUUGUGAGGCAGGUUAUAAAUUCCCUAAAACAACAUUGGAGGUGGCUUAUGGUAGAGAAAUUAACAUAACAUUCUCUGAUAACAGCUCUGGUGGAAAUUCCUGCAUUCAGCAUGCCAAUUGCUAGCUCCCUCAAAACUCGACACAUCUGUGACAUUGUGUUAUGUGACAAAACUGCACAUUUUAGAGUGGCCUUUUAUUGUCCCCAGCAAAAUGUGCACCUGUUAGUGAGCAUCAUGCUGUUUAAUCAGCUUCUUGAAAUUCCAUACAUGUCAGGUAGAUGGAUUAUCUUGGCAUAGGAUAAAUGCUCACUAACAGGGAUGUAAUAAAAAUGUGUCCACAAAAUUUGAGAGAAAUAAGCUUUUUGUGCAUAUGGAAAGUUUCAGGUAUCUUUUAUUUCAGCUCAUGAAACAUAGGACCAACACUUUACAUGUUGUGUUUAUAUUUUUGUUCAGUGUAGGUUAACUCACAAGCUCAAACUAAGAACAGACCUGGCUUGACAGGUUUAUGUCGAUUGAAUGGUCCAAAAUGUAUUGAACAAGUUUUUUUAGCAGUGGUUAUAGACCUUUACCUUCUCUGUCAGAAACAGUUUGAUCCAGUCCCACUGUAUGCCUAACUGAUUUCAUGUAGAAUGUGUGCAAAAGCGUUUUUGCAAUGGGUACACAAAUGUACCUAUUUUUUUCUGUUUACAAUUUUUAUCUAACGUCCUUGACCCAUAUACCUCUGUGUGUUCCCACAGUGAUGCGGACCCAGGGCAGCCUUAGGUUGAUCCUGAACACCAAGCUGUGGCCUCAAAUGCAGGUGGACAAGGCCAGCGAGAAGAGCGUCCGUGUCACCGCCAUGGACACAGAGGACCAGGGGGUCAAGGUCUUCCUAAUAUCGGUAUGACAUCACCAUCGCCCAGCGUUUAGCCUGCUUCAUGUUAUAGUCGUAUUACACGCUUUGUGUAUAGUUUUUACCUUUUAUCUGAGGAUGGGUGUUGAAAAAAAACUAUAGAGCUAUACACAUCUGUCACACCUUGGGGGGAAGCCAACAGAACGAAAUGGGGAGGGACCUACCUGAAUUUUUCCAAUAGACUCUUGAUUUCGUUACAGAAUAUUUUCUGUUUGGAGUAACCAGUUUCUGUUGCAAAACGUUUUGUAACUGUUUGCAACCGCUUGCUACGAUCUUUGUCUAAAUUAGUAUAUCCCUGUGUUUGUACCUGGCCCUAUUCAAAUAAAUUGGUUUGAAAUGUGGUGUAGUACUCAGUAGAGACACUAGAGGGAGUACAGGGAUAAGGAAGUAGACAGGUGCUUGAAAUAAACGCCUCAUCAGACAACAGUGUUUCUGAUGACUUCUGUGUCCCUGUCAUUGUGGUUCAGUUGAGGCUAGUUUUUAGGACAGUGCAGCAGUUGUCUGUGAUGUGUUGUUUAUCCCUAUUAUUAUUGUUGUGGUGUUUUUAACGACUUCCCUCUCUCCGUCCCUACUGUUAUUGUCAUGAUCUCCAGGCUAGUUCUAGGGAGGACACAGGUCAGCUGGCUGCAGCGCUGCACCAUCGUAUCCUGGCCCUGAAGAGCCGGGCAGACCAGGAGCCCCAGGAGGCCCCGGCUGCAGACUGCGCCCCCGAGGCUGACUUGCCCCACUCUGAAGGGGACAGCGAUGAGGAAGAUCAGGUCAACAAUGCAGCAGCUGCAGGUCUGGUCAAUAACUAGAUCUCUAGUGGGAUUACUGUGUGUGUGUGUGUGUGCGCAAGUGCAUCAGUCUCUGGUUUAGACCAGAGAUUGAUGUGUGUGAGUGGCUUUGGUAUGCGUCUGUGGCAUUCCAGCACUAUUAGUGUGACUUCAAGGUUCAACUGCCUCUGUGGUAUAUUGUGAAUAAUUAUUCCCAACGGUGCCCAUUGAUCUAAUCGUUGUAGUCUUCUCCCUGCAGUUAGUAGCAUGUCUUCAUGUAUCUUUCCAAUCACUAUUUCUGUACUACUAGUCUUCCUGUCCACCAUAUAGUAAUACAGGUAUUAACAUUUGUUGUUGCUCUGACCCACAGUUAACUCAGAGGGAGGAGAGGCUCAAGCUGCUGGAAGCACAUAGCGUUAGUCCCCCUAAAGGAUUGCCUGCUAGGAUACUGCUACUGAUGUUUGGGCAUUUUACUGCAGGCAUCCCAACGAACACCCUACCCUGACCAACAUGGGUCCUUCAGACCAGUACUUUGGGGUAUCUAGAAGUCUAGCUCCAGUUAAUUUUUUCUUUGCAUUCAAUCAACAUAGAAACAUCUGGAGUUGUAUUUUUCUCUUUUCGUUUUGUUACAUUUUCGUGUUUUCUAUAUUUUGUUCUCUCAGCUGCAAAAAUAAAUACUUAUUGUUGCAGCCGAGACAGCUUUUUUGGUUAGGGACUUGGCUGCUCAUCAUAUUGAUGAGUGUGAGGGUGUUUUCCUCUCCAACAUUUUAAGGUAUGGCACAUGUUUAAGACUGCAGUUUCUACCUUGGGACUUUUUUACUCACCAGACCACCACCACACCUCUGGGACCCAACCAACCACCCCAGGCUCCAGAGGAACUCCUGUCUGUCACCAUAUAC